UACUAGAAAUGUAUUGAGUUUGUUGACAAAUUAAUUCUAAAUUUUCCAUUCCUUUUAUUUCAGUAUUUAUCUUAAUUUCGGCUAAACUUUAAAAGUUUUUGAACAUGACAUCCAUGGAUUCCGUUGUGGUUGCCAGCAUUGUGCAUUUGAUCUUCCGAUAUGGCUUUAAUAUGACACCACAAUCGAAGCUUCAAACACCUGGGCCAUCAAUUCCCACAGUCAUCGUAUUUGUGGCAGUAUUGAAUAUUAUCUAUGAUAAUCAAUUCAUACCAUCACGCUUUGAUAAUGUCCCAGCUGGAUUUCGAUAUACUUUAGAGGUGGUGUCAUCGAUUGUCUUAAUGGAAUCUGUCAUGAUAUUUUGGAUGUCGGUCGAACAUUGCGUAUUUUUGUUAUCCAAGCAUACACUUCUUGGCUUGGAACUUGUAAGCAGAUCCACCUACAUGCAACAUGAAACUCAAAUAAUUGGCGGCCUAACGUAUCCACUGUCUGUGGUGAUUUUUGUGAUAACUUCUCAGACCACUGAUCUUCACGCUCGGGUGCUUCAAAAUUUUAAUGACUAACGAAUCAAUAUAGUUACAAACUGACAAAUUUUAAAUGAAGAUAAAGUAUUUUAUAAAAAAAAUAUAAAUUAA